GCUAAGGCCGCCAUCAGCAUUUGGCGGGAUCUCUCUUUAGUACAUUUUAGUUGCAUUUAGUAGUGGCGUCGUGUUCGUAUCGUGUAGCAUCUUUGUAUCAAAAAUGGCUGGCGGUAAAGCUGGAAAGGACUCUGGAAAAGCGAAGGCGAAGGCGGUUUCCCGUUCCGCGAGGGCUGGCUUGCAGUUCCCUGUUGGUAGGAUUCACAGGCAUUUGAAAAACAGGACCACAAGUCAUGGACGAGUCGGAGCGACAGCCGCUGUUUACAGCGCGGCUAUUUUGGAAUAUCUCACAGCCGAGGUGUUGGAGUUGGCGGGGAACGCGUCCAAAGACUUGAAAGUCAAACGUAUCACACCAAGACAUUUGCAGCUUGCUAUUCGUGGUGACGAAGAACUGGAUAGCCUUAUCAAAGCCACCAUUGCGGGAGGAGGUGUUAUCCCUCACAUCCACAAAUCGCUUAUCGGCAAGAAGGGUUCUCAAAAACCAGCAUAAUUUAGUAACAGUUUGAGGGGGGGAAAAACAAAAAAUUCACGAUAAGUAGGUGGAAAGAUAACGAAGCGGCAGUGGUAUCGACAAAGUGCUACGUUGCUAAAUCGAAGGAGGGACAGGCGUGAUAUAUAUAUAAAUAUAUAUAUAGAUAUAUUAAGUAAAACAAAUAUUGAUAUAAUUUAAUGUAGGUAAUGAAGAUUUAAGAAAAAAGGGUGAAAAGUGCGAAGCUUGAUGUAUGUAAACAGAAAACAGGAAAGAAGCGUUGAAAAUUUUCAACUGACUUAACUCUUGGCCAGAAUAGAUCGGCGCGCAAUGUGUUCUAGCAUCGCACGCUGAAACAGCGGCUGCUGAUGUUCAAGAAUUAUCAUUUUACGCUUCUCGGAACAUUUGACAAAUUUGUAACACAGCUUACUCGCAAUUGUUUGUUAGUUUAGCCGAGCGCUUUAAUGACGCCUACAUUGUCCACACUUUUUCAAACGACAGAUCGUUUUAUGAUCAAUCAUAAUAAUGUCCUCGAUGAGAGGAAAUUUUUUCAUUACCUAACUCACUUAACAGAAUGCGGAUUUCUCUUAGUUUUUUACCGCAUGACUUUGCGUCGCUUCCCUUAAGUUUUGUACUCUACCAGUUAUUCAUACUUGUGUAAGUUUGGUCAGUGGCUUGUAAAAGAUUAAAAAAAGCCUUCUCCUUCUUUUAAAUUAAAUUAAGAUCGCCUUGUCUUUUUUUCAAUUCAUACCAUCGUUUUUUAAAGUUCACUUUCUCGUGCGCACCAAGCCUGCUUCUUUUUAUUUAGUUAAAGCUUCUUUAUCCUUUUUUUUGCACGAGCACCAUAGACUCUUAAGCAGGAACUCAAAUUAGCGUUUUGCGAAGCAAGAUCACAGUAUUGAAAAUGCACGGAAUUUGUAGAAUAAAUAAGCAGACUGUAAAAUCGUCAAAGGAUAAACGAGUAGAGUUUCACUAUGAUUGAUAAAUCAAAGGUAUCUUUUUUUCCAAGGGGGUUUUUUGUUUGAAUUAAGUUUAAGGUACACGCGAAAAAAGCGUUUGUGCUAACCGAGGACUGGUAUUCAUAUUUUUCGGGGUUUUGGCAUGGUACGAUAUUUUUUUUUCAAUUGCCACAAACUCAAUUGAAACCUUGAAAAAUUAAAAAGUAUGAAAAGAUAGUAAGAGGAAAGUUCAGUGUGGAUGUUUUGAAAGGGUACCAGUCCUUGAUUUUUAUCACAGUGUUGAUUGAGUUUUGAAUUGUUCUUAUGACUUAAUUUUAUUAUUUUUACGACUUAUUUGUAACGCGAGUAGCUUAGUGUAAUAUGCAUUGUAUCCUACCAUAAACGCUGGCCAUAUGUAAAACGUUCAUUUUAAUGUAAUAAAAUCAAUUUUACUAUGA